ACGGCAGAGCCUCUGUGCCAAUACUCGAAUCACCAUACUCGUAGCUUGCAGCACCUGCAAUAGCUGUAACCAUCCCUUUGAACCACUCCUCUUCUCUUUCCUCCUCUCAAAUACUGCAUUGGGACGCCCUCUCCCUCUUUGAAGCCGUCACCUUCCCAAUCAUACGCUCUUUAACCGAUAGAGGAAGAACAAAAGUAUAUAAUAUCCUCGUUCGAGAUCUCCCUUUAUUCCAUAUUCCUACAUAUCGAGAAAUCCCUCCCUCUCACCCCUUUACACCCUCCCUUUUGAGCGACUAGUUUUUUUUGAACCCAUCUAGUCAACAGCGGCUAUGCUGCGCCUUUCCACUAUUCGCUCCAUCUUCUCACUAGACACGCUCGACUCUCGCUUGACUGCGAAUACCCCACGGUCCUCCUCCCCUCCCAAAAACCCCACCGCUCCAUCCUUAGCAGGAACCGCACGCAACGGUGAAAGUUCACGUAGCCAGAAACUGCGCAAAGAGUCCUCGCCGUCGAAAUGGGGGACCCCCGAGUUCUGGCUAUACACCAUCGGCGUGGGAAUAGCUGUAAUCUUAAUGUUCAAGACCACAUAUGAUAUAAGUAAAGGUGUGCGCCUCCCUCAAAAUAAACGUUGAAAAGGAAACCAAACGAAAUAAUUUCCCAUCUUAGUUCCAGGGGCUACUGCUGAAAAAACCACAUGAACAGAAUCGCAUCCCAACUACCCUAAAUUCGAGCUCCUUCUUUCCCCUGGCUGGAUCCCUGGGCGAAAAGUGGAUAACUCUGAUCAGCAGUACGCCAAUUUUCGCGACAACAUACCCAUUCUCGUGGGAGUUCUCUUAGGCCAUUUCCUCCUGCGUCGAGGCUUCAACGCGCUCUUCUCCAGGUUAUUUCCCACUCCACCGCACAAUUCCUCUUACCUCCCGUCGCACAACAUCAAUCGACGAAAGUACUUCGACAUCUUGUUCGCAGUUAUACUUCUCACCGCACUACAUUCGCUCAGUGCCAUCAAGAUUCUCGUCAUCCUCACUGCGAAUUGGCUCAUCUCGUUCUUUCACCCCAGCUCUAUUUUUGUGCCAAUCUUGACUUGGGGGUUUAACAUUGGCGUUCUUUUUGCGAAUGAGUACUUUGAGGGUUACCAUUUCCGCCUCAUCCUCCCAUGGCUGAUUGCCGGGGAAGGCGCCGGGGUCGGGUAUGCGAUGGAUCACUUCCUCGACGGAGGCUUACUCCCGCGCUGGGAAAUCAGCUUCAACAUUACGGUUUUGCGACUCAUCUCUUACAACAUGGAUCAUUACUGGGCUGCCAAGCGACUGGAGGAAGCAGACGAAGUAGUUGUUGGAAGGGAUGAAGGAAGCGUUCUGGAGGUACGUAGUCUUAUAGGAAGAGGAGAUGUUGAAGGAACAGAUAGGGAGAGGGGGACAGAGGACGAUCCCUCAGAUGAUGUAGAAGCUCAGAGCCCCGGACUGAUUCUCGAGCAAAAGAAAAAACUCCUUGACCCUAAAAACAUCAGCGAGCGGGAUAGGAUCGAUACACCGGCCGCCAUGGAAGACUAUGGAUUCUUCAAUUACCUUGCGUAUGUUUUAUACUCGCCAUUAUACCUCGCCGGGCCAAUAAUUACCUUCAAUGACUUCGUUCACCAGGUACCCCCCCCUUCUCCCCUUCUCCCCUCCGAACACUAACAAUCAUGCUCCUAGCAACGCUAUCCCCAACCAACCACUUCUCCAACCCUCGUAAUAAAAUACGGCCUGCGCCUCCUCUCCUCCAUCCUGACAAUGGAAUUGGUCCUGCAUUACCUCUAUGUCGUAGCAAUCAGCAAAACCGGGCACACCUACGACUCUUGGUCCUCCGACACGCCCUUCCAACUCUCUAUGAUCGGCUACUUCAACCUGCACAUCAUUUGGCUCAAGCUACUCAUCCCCUGGCGCUUCUUUCGCCUCUGGGCACUCGUGGACCACAUGGACCCACCGGAGAAUAUGUUGCGCUGCAUGAGCAACAACUAUUCGGCGCUUGCCUUCUGGCGCGCCUGGCACCGCAGCUUCAACCGCUGGAUCGUGCGCUACAUAUACAUUCCCUUCGGCGGCGCUAGCCGGCCCAUCGCGAAUAUGGUGGUUGUCUUCACCUUUGUCGCGCUCUGGCACGACCUUAGCUUUAAACUCCUCACCUGGGGCUGGCUUGUGGUGUUAUUCGUCAUCCCGGAGUUGGUUUGUCGGAAGGUGUUCUCCAAGCGGCGAUUUGAAGGUCGGGAGAUGACAUAUAGGUAUCUUUCUGGUCUCGGCGCAGUGGGGAACGUGCUCAUGAUGAUGGGCGCGAACCUUGUUGGAUUCGCUAUUGGUGUUGAGGGCGUUAGAGAUUUGAUGCGCGGCGUGUUGGGGAGCUGGGAGGGGUUUGGAUUUGUCGCUCUUGCGUGUACUGCGCUUUUCAUGGCCGUGCAGAUUAUGUUUGAAGUUAGAGAAGGAGAGAAGAGGGUAGGGAUUGACCUCAGGUGUUGAAGGGGAAGGGUGGUUCCUGUAGAUUUUUAUUGAGCCUCCAUUUCAUCCCCCCCCCCCUUCUUUUGGGACAUGAUACCUGCCCUUAAAAAACGCUAUAUUACAAUAGGGCUUUUUUUGCUUUCUAUUUUUUUUACUUCUCUCCUCCCCCCCCCCCCCUUUUUUUUGCAGGGUUUUAUGCGGGGUUUGUACUCUAGGGUAUGAUGGGCGGACCGGCUGGCUGCUUGGUAUGGUACGGUGCGGUUGGGACGGGACGGGACGGAUGGUCGGGUGAUGUGGAUGAUAUGGCCGAUUUCUAGACGUAUGAUAUCAAGACAGUGGUAACUGGUGCAGUACGAGUACCGUGCGGUGCAUUACCUUCCGCCGUCAAUAAAUCACGAUAUGUGGAACGCAGCAUAAAAUAUAUAUUCUAGCCAAUCACACCCACGGUGUCCAGGCAUAACAAU